AUUUUCACCCCGCCAACGCAGACAUUUUUCUUUCUUAAUCUUUUCACAUCUUUAAUGCAGAGCUGUUGGGAAAACAUUUUUAAUGCAGGUUUUGCGAUUCUGUACAUUUUUCUGACAGUGCCGUAUGUACUACCAUGGAGAACUCAAGGCCCCUUGGCAGAAUUUCUUUCCUGGUGUCACUUAAUUGGGGCUGUUAGUCCUUGGAUCGGAUCCUUCCUUUAUCAUGUCUUCAUGAAUGUGAAUUACGGAGAGGAUGUCUACAGAAACUUGCUGAAGAUCGACAUGCUCGGCAUUUGGCUCUGUCAAAGUUUUGGAGCUUUGCCGAUGAUAGCAGCAUCGGUUCACUGCUCAUCAGGUUUUCUUCAGUACUGUUGCACCUCAACCUACUGCAUUUUUAGUCUGUGGGGUCUUUGGAAACUGCAAAAUCUUUUCUGUUUCGACAAGGCAAUGAUAGCCAAGUCUCCAUGGCAAAGGCGUCUCUGCUUUCUUCCUGCAUUUGGGAUGAGGAUGUUGGUUUUGGGUUUAAGGUGUUUUGGUAUCGGUGGUGGAAAUCCUAAUGCAAUGCAGCACGUCAUUUUACAAGACCUCGUGGCAGCCGUCGGUGCGAUAAUUGGAGCUCUUCGCAUUCCGGAAAAGUGGAUGCCAGGCAGUUUGGACCUGCUGUUCAAUUCCCACAACAUAAUGCACGUCAUGGUUGUCCUGGCAGUGUGCUCCAUGCACGAAGCGACCAUACAAGAUCUAAAGUGGAUGGCGGAGUCAUCCUCGUGCACGGGUCUCGAUUUGGCCUCUUCCAUUCACGAGGAACUGUGAUCUAGUUGCGAAGAGGCUCUUCGCUGUAAUCUGUGAUUUUUCAAUAGUACCGCUUAGCCUCCUACGACGACGUACCUCUCGCAGUAAUUGUUUGAAAAGCCAGAAAACUAAUCCAGAAAACAGUCUGUAGUUUCAUAACUCUUUACUAGAAAACUGUAUAGUUCGUGGACGGAAGUCCAACCUUAAUAGAAAAAUUUGAACAAAAGUAGAGAUUGGAACAAAUCGGCGAGAGUUACUCGAGAGAGGAUCAAGCUUCAAGAUAAUAAGAUUAGCAAUAGUAUCUAAGUUUGAAAACAUAAGUUUGAAAAUAAUCUAUUUGAAGAUUCUACCUUUGAAAAUAAGACGUUUGAAGAUUAUACGUGUGAAAAUAAUAAGUUUGAUACAUAUCAGGGUUAUCGAGUAUUGAGAGAAUAUUUUCAGAUGAAGACGACUUUACAUCAACGUUGAAAGAUUUUGAAAUAGGACCAUGAUUUUAAAGAGAGAGAGAGAGAGAGAGCGAGAAAUGUUCUUAGCACGUCAAAAAUAAGUUUAUUUUAUGCUUACACACACGUGUUUACCCAAAUAUUGUACAAGGUGAAGGUCCGAAGUUGUUUCGGUUGAUUAAGCAGUCAAUCCUAUGGUUUAACAUACCGAAACACACUAUUGGAUAAAUAAAAUUAUUUGAAAAUAUUGAAACUA